AUGGCCCGCACCAAGCAAACCGCCCGCAAGUCGACCGGAGGAAAGGCGCCGCGCAAGCAGCUCGCCGCCAAGGCCGCCCGCAAGUCGGCGCCCGCGGCUGGUGGUGUCAAGAAGCCUCACCGCUACCGCCCCGGAACCGUCGC